GGUUAGUUCGCCAUCGGAAGUAUUCACUGGAAGAUGUUCCAUUUAUCGCUGCACCAUUGGGUGGCAUUGCUGUGGCUUGUGGCCGGAGCUGCGGCUGCCAAGUCCCCAGUAGCCUCGCUGGCGGCAAAGGACUAUCAGCUGGACUUUCUGCGCGCCCUCAGCGAUCAGGCCGAGCAGCGCGCCGAGCAAAGCCUCAACGAUUAUCUGCAGCAACUGGAGCGCAAUGCCAGCUUUAGCAACUACACUGAGCAACUGGCCGUGGCGCGAGCUUCCCACAAAUUGCAGCCAAAGGUGUUGCUAAUCAAACAGCUGCUGGAUGCUCAACAUCACACACAACUCGAUUUGGAGCACACCUGUGUGCUGCGCAACCUGGUGUUUCUCGGCCGCCUGAGGCAGCAAUUGCGCGCUGCUAGAGAUGCCAGCACCCAGGAAAUACGUCAACUGCGCGUCCAUCGGCUCUGCCAGCAAUUCGAACGGCCUGUGACGGAGCCGCGCAGACAACGUCUGAUCAACGAGCAAACUGUGGGCGCAGCCCUCAACCAAUUGAAUGUGACGCAGAGCUCGAUGAAUGCAUCCAGCCUGGAUCUCGGCCAAUUUGGGCAAGAGCUGUACGAGCGUGUGAAGCUAUCGGGCGCCGAGAUUAUAGACAACUAUGUGUUGAUACUACGAGGCCUGCUGCAAGACAUUCUCGAUGCCGAGCAUGCCGAUCUGACGGACAAUGCAACGCAACUGGAGCGGCUGCUGCAGCAGCUGGACAACAUGUUGGCCAUACCCGACUUCUUUGACAAGCGCCAGAGUGUCUAUGAGUUUCUGGAGCGCCAUCUGCAUGCGGAGUACGAGCAGCUGCGCGAGAGCGCCAACGCCGAUCAGCACAUUACCGAGCAGCUGCUGGAGCAGCUGAAAGCGAAGGGCUUGGAUCUGUUCGUCAUCUUCCUGUUCAGUAACUUUGAGUUUCUGGAGCAAGUGCAUCAGCAGUGGUCACAGCUGCUGCCGCAGACGCCCAGCCUGCUCCUCGACGACACACACCGGCUGCUCUAUGACAUACAACAGCUGUACGAACGCUUCAAACUGGACACGGAGAGCACGUCCAAGUAUGAAGCGUAUGCGGCAGCCCUGAAACGCCUGCACGAGCGCACAGUGGAACAGGGUCAGCAGAAUCAUCACAUAUUCGAGAUGCUCAACAAUGCUGCACAGAAUGUUGGCAGCGUUACCUUCAAUAUGAUCAAAGCCAAGUGCAAGGAGUUGCUCUGAG